ACUCUUCAGUUAGUAUAAUAGCCGAGAGAACUCAUUGGUUGGUUUCUGUUUAAAAUCCCACUCCAAAAAAACAAAAAACAAAAACAAAAAAGAGAAGAAGGAAAAAAGUAGAGCAGAGCAGAGCAGAGUUGUUUGGCUCUACUUUUUCUCUGCGAAAACAAGCAACAAUCAUAGUAUACAUUCCAAAUCAGCUUGUUGUAAUAGUUUCUGAAUCUAAGUUUCCUAAUGGAGGAACCAACAACAAAUCAUUAUAAGGAAGGGCAAGAAGGAGAAGAAAGAGACCCAGAGAGUAAUAAUACAUUACAAUCACCAUUAUUACUCAAAAGAAACAGAACACUCUCUACAAAUCAUUUAGCUAUAAUUGGAACUAAAGUUUCUCAUAUAGAAAGCUUAGAUUAUGAGAUAAAUGAGAAUGAUUUGUUUAAACAUGAUUGGAGAAGUAGAUCCAGAGAACAAGUUUUACAGUAUGUUUUCAUGAAAUGGAUAUUAGCUUUGAUCGUUGGACUAUUAACUGGUGUGAUUGCUACUUUAAUAAAUCUCGCAAUUGAGAAUAUUGCCGGUUUCAAGUUACUUGCCGUCGCCAAGUUCAUCAAGGAAGAAAGGAAUUUUGAGGGGUUUCUAUAUUUUACCGGGGCUAAUUUGGCUCUCACAGCGUUUGCAUCCAUUCUAGUUGUGUGUUUUGCACCUACCGCAGCAGGGCCAGGUAUACCAGAGAUCAAAGCUUAUCUCAAUGGAGUUGAUACACCAAAUAUGUAUGGUGCUUCAACUUUGAUAGUAAAGAUCUUUGGAAGUAUUGGUGCAGUGUCUGCUGGUCUGGAUUUAGGAAAAGAAGGACCAUUGGUUCACAUUGGUGCAUGCCUUGCUUCCUUGUUAGGCCAAGGUGGGCCUGACAACUAUAGGGUAAAAUGGCGAUGGAUGCGUUACUUCAACAACGACAGGGACAGAAGGGAUCUCAUUACAUGUGGUGCUGCCUCUGGUGUUUGUGCUGCUUUCCGGUCACCAAUAGGUGGUGUCUUGUUUGCUCUAGAAGAGGUGGCAACUUGGUGGAGAAGUGCCCUAUUGUGGAGAACUUUCUUUAGUACUGCUGUUGUGGUGGUUGUUCUCAGAGCGUUCAUGGAGUACUGCGGUUCUGGAAAUUGUGGAUUGUUUGGUCAAGGAGGCCUGAUCAUGUUUGAUGUGAGCGACGUUACUGUUACCUACCACGCAAUGGAUCUACUUCCUGUGGUUAUAAUUGGAGUAAUUGGUGGAGUUUUAGGGAGUUUAUACAAUUAUCUUCUACACAAAGUUCUCAGAGUUUAUAAUCUCAUUAACGAGAAGGGUAGAGGACACAAGCUCCUCCUUAGUCUGGCCGUCUCUAUAUUCACCUCUGUUUGCCUUUACUGCCUUCCCUUUUUCGCGCAUUGCUCUCCUUGUGAUCCGUCUCUUCCUGAUUCUGCCUGUCCCACCAAUGGAAGGACUGGUAACUUCAAGCAAUUCAACUGUCCGGCAGGAUACUAUAACGACUUAGCCAGUCUUCUCCACACCACCAACGACGAUGCUGUCCGAAAUAUUUUCUCUACCUCCACUCCAACCGAGUUCCAUCCAGUCUCCCUGCUCGUGUUCUUUGGAGUCUAUUGCAUUUUAGGACUCAUCACUUUUGGUAUCGCUGUCCCUUCAGGACUUUUUCUGCCCAUAAUUCUCAUGGGAUCAGCUUACGGACGUUUGCUCGGAAUGGCCAUGGGACCUUACACAAGAAUUGAUCAAGGGCUCUUUUCUGUCCUCGGAGCUGCCUCUCUUAUGGCUGGGUCAAUGAGGAUGACUGUGUCUCUCUGUGUGAUUUUCCUUGAGCUCACUAACAAUCUCCUCCUCCUUCCCAUAACAAUGCUUGUUUUGCUUAUUUCGAAAACUGUUGGAGACGCCUUCAACCCAAGCAUCUAUGAAAUGAUACUGCAUCUUAAAGGCCUGCCUUUCUUAGAUGCCAAUCCAGAACCAUGGAUGAGGACGUUAACUGUUGCUGAACUUGCCGAUGCCAAGUCACCUGUAAUCACCCUCUGUGGUGUAGAGAAAGUGUCCCGCAUUGUUGAAGUCCUGCAAAAUACAACACACAAUGGGUUCCCGGUUGUUGACCAAGGUACAGUCCCCCCAAUUGGAUUGCCAGAUGGAGCAUCAGAACUUCAUGGAAUUAUUCUCAGGGCACACCUUGUUGCAGUGUUGAGAAAGAAAUGGUUCCUUAAAGAAAAGAGAAGAACAGAAGAUUGGGAAGUCAGGAAAGUGUUCACCUCAAUUGAUUUGGCAGAGAGGGGAUUUAAGAUCGACGAGGUGUUAGUAACAAAAGAUGAGAUGGAAAUGUACGUAGACUUGCAUCCUCUCACCAACACCACCCCUUUUACAGUCCUUGAAAGCUUGUCAGUGGCAAAGGCUAUGGUUCUCUUUCGGUCAGUUGGACUUCGCCAUAUGCUAAUUGUGCCCAAAUAUCAGUUAACCGGAGUCUCACCUGUUGUGGGGAUAUUGACCAGGCAAGACUUGUUGGCUCACAACAUCUUAAACGCCUUCCCUGAUAUAAAAUCUAAGGAAAGAGGAAAGAAGGGAAAGUAAAUAACUCUCAAAGUCUCUCAACAACAGAACGGCAAUAUUUCAUCACAUGAAGCAUGAUGCUUCUUUCCAUUUUCUUUUGAAUUUGGUGUCAAUUUUUCAUUCUUUAGUCACCUUACGACAUAAAGAAUAAUGUUAGACAAAAUGUGUGUAGAACUUCGAUAUCUAUAGCUUGUUUCCUGCGCAUUAUAUUCAGUACAAAAUAGCCAUAUUUCUUUCUUGUACU